AUGGCGUACGGUGAACGACAACCUCUAUUGAGCGUACCUGGCGACUCUUCGGAUGACGUGCCCAGUGAUGUCCUGCCAACCACAGGACAGCGAAAACAUCUUACCUGGAUCAGCGCAUACAUCCUGGUAGUCUCGCGAGUUAUUGGGAGCGGCAUCUUCGCAACACCCGGUACCAUCGUCAAAUCUGCCGGCAGUGUCGGCUUAUCACUAUUGAUAUGGGCAGUCGGGACCGUUCUGGCAGCCUGCGCGCUGGCCGUGUCGAUGGAAUAUGGCUGUAUGCUGCCGCGAUCAGGAGGAGAAAAGGUAUACCUGGAGUAUACCUAUCCGCGUCCUCGGUUUCUUGCGUCGACCCUGAUCGCAGUGCAGGCAGUUGUUCUGGGUUUUACGGCCAGCAACUGCAUCGUAUUCGCCAAGUAUACGUUCUUCGCUUUUAAUGUGGUGCCCACGGAGCUCCAGCACAAAGCCCUAGCGGUGGGGUUGAUGACUGCUGUCACAAUCAUUCAUGGCUGCUUUCUUCGCACUGGCAUCUGGAUUCAGAACGCAUUCGGCUGGGUGAAGAUAUUCCUCAUUGGUGCCAUUUCCCUGACCGGUAUUUGGGUGAUCUUGCUUCGCCCUCACGGUGACCCUGACGCUCUCACCCCUGAACCGACCAGCGUGUUCUCGUGGGACACAUUGUGGGAGGAUUCCAACUGGAGUUGGAACUUGCUGUCCACGUCCUUGUUCAAGGUGUUCUACUCAUACGCGGGAUUGAACAACGUGAAUAACGUUCUGGGCGAGGUGAAGAAUCCGAUCCGGACGAUCAAAACGGUAUGUCCGGCGGCGCUUCUCACCGCUGGUGCUUUGUACUUUCUUGCCAAUAUUUCGUACUUCCUCGUCGUGCCGCUGGAAGAUAUCAAGAACAGCGGAGAAUUAGUCGCUGGUCUGCUCUUCGAGCGGCUGUUUGGCAGCCACAUCGGACGGACACUAUUUCCCCUGGCCAUCGCUCUUUCCGCUGCUGGCAAUGUCAUGGUAGUUACUUACGCCUUGGCCCGCGUAAACCAAGAGAUCGCCCGACAGGGGUUCCUUCCCUGGUCUCGAGUUUUGUCGUCCUCAAAGCCAUUCGGUGCUCCCCUUGGCGGCCUCAUCGUGCACUAUAUACCUUCUCUGCUGGUCAUCGCCCUUCCACCCCAAGGAGACGUGUACAACUUCAUUCUCGAUGUUGAAGGCUACCCAGGACAGGUCUUCAGUCUCGCAGUUACAGUGGGUCUCCUGCUGCUGCGAUACCGCGAACCGUCUCUCCCACGGCCCUUCAAGGCCUGGCUACCAGCAGUAUGGCUACGAGUCGUAGUUUGCGUCGCUUUACUCUCUGCGCCAUUUUUCCCUCCAGCAGACGGGAAGAGCGAUGUUAAUUUCUUCUACGCGACAUAUGCGAUCGUGGGAAUGGGAGUUAUCAUCUUCGGAAUUUUCUACUGGUACAUCUGGACAGUUCUACUCCCACGCUGGGGCGGAUAUAAACUGGAAGAGGAAGAUGAGGUGCUGGAUGACGGGACCAAGAUUACCAAGCUUGCGCGUUCGUAUACUUGA